AUGCCGAGAUCGGAUCAGAACCCUGCGAUUUCAACUCGUCCGGUCACGAUAGGGCAAUUUCAUCGAUUUCUAUCGCUUUACCCUGCGCCGAAAGUGAAUGAAUUCGGAGAUAAAUCAGAAUUUGCAAGCCCUGAUCUGGAUCAGAGCCAGAUGGUUCGAAUGCCGGAAAAACAAAGCAAUCAAGCUUUUCAGGACCCGGAUUUAUUGUUACAUAUAUGGCAGGAAUUCAUGCAAAAUGAUCAGGUGACCUUUUUCAGCCCAGAACAAGCCCAAGCCCUACAUCUAUUCCUAUCCAGGGUACCUUACCUGAUCAUGAUCCUCCCUACUGCCGGUGGCAAAACCACACUGUUCCUGUUAGGGGCUAGUCUGGCCACCAGUAGGACCACCAUCCUCGUGGCCCCCCUGGUCGCCCUGAAGCAGGAUCUGCAUCAAAAGGCGUUAAAACUCGGGCUGUCCGUUGGGGUUUACGAAGAGAACCCGGAAUCCACCUCUGAACCAAGCCCGAGUCGCAUUCUAUUGAUUUCAAUUGAAUCGGUAGCUACCCCUGCAUUUUUUUCAUAUGCCAAAGCCCUCAUUGCAAAGAAUCAAUUAGAUUAUAUCAUUUUUGAUGAAUGUCACCUGAUCCCUUUGGCGAAAAACUAUCGGAAAGUCAUGAAUCGGAUUCGUCAGGUGACCUGCCUACCUGCACCAAUGGUGUUUGCCUCGGCAACCCUGCCUAGCCACCUAGAAAGGGACCUUCUUCAAACCCUGGGGUUGAUUCAUCCGGUCCGAAUUCGGGCUAAUAUCAAUAAGCCUUCUUUAUUUUAUGGAGUCAAACAGGUCCCUACUGGUAUUGAUCUUGAUAUGGUAGCGCUAGAUCUGAUCCGGCACUUUUCGGAAAGAUAUCCUGAUCAAAAAACGAUCAUUUUCUGCAUGUCAAAAAGAAUGGUCGAAGAGAUUCACGAAAAAAAUGAUCUGAUUACUGCAUAUUUUCACGCGGACCUUCCUGAUUCCGACAAACAGUUGCAAUUGCAUUCAUUCAUUGAAUCAAAGAAGCAGAUUUUAGUGGCUACCAGCGCGAUUGGGGCCGGGUAUGAUUUUCAAGAUAUUGGGCUGGUCAUUCACCUGCAGGGGGCUCAUGCAUUCACGGAUUUUAUCCAGGAAUCAGGCAGGGCGUCGAGAAGACCUGGGGCGUUAGGGUUCAGCUAUACCCUGGCGAGACCCUCUGAUUUUAACCCGAGAGAUUCGGAUUCAUUCGAAAAGACCCUUUUUCGGGACUAUUUGAAUGAAAAGCUCUGCCGAAGGCGGUCGAUUUUCCGGGUUUUUAAUGAUCAGGCCCUGGAAUUCUGCUUAGACGAUUGGCAGGCCUGUGAUCUAUACCGAAUCAGAAAUAGUCAAUUUCAGGAUGUAAUUCAAGGCACUAGUGCCUAUUAUGGUCGGGUAACCGCCCAAUUCCCUCAAAUCGUGGACAGUAUUUACCAGUGGAUGGAUGAUCGUUGUCUAAUCUGUUUCUGGAAGACUACCACAAUGGCUCGACCGGAACAGAUUCGAAAUUAUCCACGAUUUUUUGAUUAUGGAACCCUGAAGUGUAAAUUAACAGAUUUACUGAUUGAAGACUUUGAUCGAAAUCGACCUUAUUUAAGGCAGUAUCAAUACCGUUCGGGAAGUGAUGGGAGCGAUACCAGAGCGGUUUGGGUGCGGUUCCAUACGGCUGAUGGCUCGAUGGGGCUAGCGGCGGGUAAAGUGCGCGAGCCUCCCGUUAUGCGCGGCCGGACUCACCCUGCGGAACCGACACAGCCUGGCACCACCGAGAGUUGUGGCCGGUACUACAAGGUAGCAUCUGGAGAUACGUGCAAUUUCAUCGCCCUUCGAUUGUGGAUCUGGGAUAACUGUACCAACCUCUGGCUCGACUAUGAUGUCUGCGUGGCUCCUGUAUCGGCAACGACUGUGUCCGAGGAUGGCACAUGCGGGCCAUCUUACGAACGCGGGACACGUCGCGGAGAUUUCACUAUUAACAACGCCAACCCCUCAGCUGCUGCUCCACGAGCGGAUACUGCGGAACCGGGAUUGAAUACUGCAGCUCUGGCAACUGUGUAUCCGGCGCAUGCGAACCCAACAACGGCGCCACGACCAACGGCACCUGCGGCCCAGACUGGGGUUAUACAACGUGCAGUAAUCCAAGCUUUGGCUCUUGAGCUACUCAUCCGCUCCAUCUCGAUGGCCUCCUCCGAGCAUCACUUGCCCUCAUCAACCCCAGCUCGCCCCGACGGAUGGCCCCGCAUAACCGAAUCCAGUCCGGUCCGUGACCUCGGCCGCGGGAUCAUGGAUUAUGAGCGCUGUGCAGCACUGCACAAUGAGAUCCUAACCAGGGCCGUUAAGGGCCGUGGGGUAGAGAUGCCCUCCAAGCACCUAACCUGGUGGGAGGCCAGGGCACCUUCUGAGGAAGUUGCCAACAGUCUCCACCCGUCCUUGACCAAGUUCCUGAAACGUGCUUGGGAUGAGAACGUGCUGCCCCAGUGGUCUGUACUUUUCCUCUAUAUUGGAGCGCUGAAGUCUCCGGAUACCCUGCGGGAUCGUAUGGAUCUGUAUGAGGAUGAGGAUGAGGAUGGAAGGUUUAUCAAGCUGUAUAAGUCUAGUCACUUUCGAGGUCUCGAUAAUGAGGGUAUCGUGUUUGACCAAACGACUUUAAAAGCAACCUUUAUCGAGGAUUAUAAUGAUACCAGUACCAUCACCAGCCGCCCAUGGGGCUGGAUGCCUCUGGAAGUUAUAUUAGAUUCAUAUCUUGACAUGAUCGAUGACGGAAAAGUACAGACGAUUUCCGAAGAUCAGGCAAAACUAGUGAAACUCGACAACCCCAGUUGUAGGGUAAUGGACCAGUGGAUAAUUCACUAUUACACGAAAACAGAGCUAGAAAGGGCAACCGCUGCGUUCAAACGUCUGGUAAACCUGAUUGAAUCUCGAAUCCUGCAUAGAGCCGAUUCUAUUACUCCCAUGCACUUGCCGUGGCAUAAUCCGGCAACAUUCUCAAACCAGGACAUUCUCCCCCCUUUUUCGUUUGCCUACCAGUUCCUCAAGGCUAUCUCCAGCUGCACAGUCCGGUUCCGGUAUAUCGCGCCGGGAAUCCGAUUCCCUACCGUCUCUGAAUUCCAGCACCAGCCCAUUACGGACUUUAUUACAUCGCCAUAUAACCAUCACGGACAGCGCCCUGGCGACUGCCCUCUGCGGGUCUUUCAGAUCGAUAACGUAGAGCAGCAGCCAGUCCCGCGCGAUCAGGGCUUCGGCCUCCACAAUAUCGCUGCCGGAUUCUAUAUCCAUCCCGUGGUGGAGCGUUGGCCACACUUCUGGAGCAACGGAUGUCGACUUCUGUUACCCUUUGGUAUCGGGGGUUUCGGAUGGGCUCGGCAGUCAAAUGGAGAACCGUUUGGGUUAGACUGGUAUUGGACUGACGACCCGAAGCCUCGCGAUACUCAUGGACACUUGUAUCAGAGUGGGACUGUGGAUGGGAUCACGAACCGCCAUUUGGUACAGAUAGACAAGGUGCUGAACAACUGGGCUGAUCGGGUUGAGAGGGGCGAUUGGGAGAUAGAUAGGGAUGGGGUUACCGGGGGGAUUGGUAAGCUUCGCGAGGCCGAUACGGAGGCGCAUUGGCAGAAAUAUUGGAUUCCACCGUCUUGGUAA